AUGCAUUUCACCAGUGUCCUCGGCGUAUCCGCUACCCUCUUCGCUCUGGGUCUCGCCGCCGACCCCUUGGCCUUCACCAGCUGGCCCAAGGAUGUCCGGGCUGGCAAGCCCGUCACAUUGACAUGGGCCGGUGCCGUUCCUGACCAGCCCGUGACCUUGACUCUACGUAAGGGCUCCGCCGGUAAUCUGAGUGAUGUGGAGGUCAUGACCGCUCAAGCCAAGGAUGGCACUUUCACCUGGACUCCCGGUAAGAACGUCAAGGAGGGUGAAACCUAUGCUUUCCAGGUCAGCCAGGGUGGUCAGCGCAACUACUCCGCUCUGCUCAGGGCUGGUGCUCCAGUUCCCUCUGUCUCGGAUACUACCCAGGACGGAACUACCACCAUGGGAACUACUGCUUCUGGCACCUCCGCGACCAGUGAUGCCACCACCACCGGUACCGACACCGCUACCAGCUCUGGCAUGACCACCGGCACUACCACAAAUGCUACUCAGACCACUGGCGUCACCAGCAAGCCCCUGAUCAGCUCCGCCGCAUCGGCCACUCCCUCCAGCAGCCCGGCAUCUACCUCCGUUGUUAGCAGCACCGUCACUACCGACGGUCCCUUGAUGACCGCCAAGCCCACACCCAAGAAGGCCAAGCACAGUGCUGGUGUUCAAAAUGCUGCCUCAUCCUUCCAGUACUCUAUGAGCCUCGUUGGUGGUGCUCUUAGUCUUUUGGUCUAUCUGGUCCAGUAA